AUGGGGAAAAAGAUAAUCGCAGCCGCAAUUCACGCCGCGCCGGUGUUUAUGGAUAAGAAGCGCACCAUUGAAAAAGCUAUCCGACUCAUCAAAGAAGGCAAAGAUCAAGGAAUAGACUUCUUGGUAUUCCCAGAAACUUUCGUGCCUGGAUAUCCGUAUUUUAUCCAAACCUACGCACCACUCAAAUACGCCGGUGCACAAGCCCAAUAUGCAGAAGAAAGCGUUGUAGUUGGAGAAACGGGAGGGGAUCUCCUACCUAUCAUGUGUAUUUGCGCUGAACUUAAGAUCGCGGUUUGCAUUGGAAUUUCGGAGCGGGUUGAAGGAGGUUAUACAAUAUUCAACUCGCAAGCCUUCAUUGAUACCAAUGGAACAUUACUAGGCGUACACCGAAAAAUCCAACCCACGCACGCCGAACGCACGAUUUGGGCCCAAGGAAGCGGACACACAUUACGUGUAUGGCCGAGCAGUGUAGGUAGAGUAGGAGGACUAGCAUGUUGGGAAAACACGAUGAAUAAUGCACGUCAAGAAUUAAUUGAACAGCGUCAGGAAAUUCACGCGGCGGCGUGGCCUGCACUUAGCACUAUAUCUGGAUUUGAACUGGUGGCUGAUGCGCAAAUAGAGGCAUUGAUGAAGAAUCAUGCGUUGACAGCACAAGUAUGGGUUAUUUGCGCGAGUGACUAUGUAGAUGAUGGGACAUUGAAGUGGAUGGAGAAGAAUCUGGGACCGCAGGAUUUGGUCAAGAAGGGAGGAGGUUGGAGUGCUGUUAUUCAUCCAUUUUGUACCGUGUUAGCUGGUCCGCAUACAGGGGCUGAGGAAAAAUUCUUGAAAGCAGAGAUUGAUUUUGAGGAAUUAGCAGGUGUGAAGGUGUGGAUUGAUGCUAGUGGGCAUUAUAAACGUCCUGGGAUCUUCAAGUUGGAGGUUGAUAAAACUCCAGAGUGGCCUGAUGAUGAGAUUGUGGCGGCUGGGGCUUCUGCGCCUUACGUUUCACAUACAUGA